AUGGUUGUGACGCGGGACGACAAAACGGCCGCCGGAAUCACAGUCGAUUCCACCAAGUUCGGAUACGCGUUGACAGCUAUCGGGCCGAAUUAUACUGCCGAGGUGCGGGAUAUUAUUAUAAAUCCGCCUACGGAGCAUGCGUAUGAGACGCUAAAGACUGAAUUAGUCAAGCGUCUGAGCCUGUUACAGGAGCAUAAGACCCGAAGGCUCCUUAAACACGAGGAAAUUGGAGAUCACAAGCCGUCGCAAUUUUUACGACACCUCCGCGGCCUUGCCGAAAACGUGGUUGGCGACCCCGUCUUGCGGACGAUCUGGUUAAGCCGAUUGCCGGCUUAUAUUCAACCGCAUUUGGUGACGCGCACGGCGGAUACGCUCGAGCAGCUGGCGGAUAUCGCAAAUGCGAUUGUCGAGGCGACCCGGGCACCAGCAUUCCAAGUAGCCGAAGCGUCGAAAUUUGUGACACCGCAGACGCAAUGCGCGAGCGAUCCCGGGACCUUGGAAGCCAGAUUGGAGGUGCGACUGGCACAGAUGCGGCUGGCAAUGCAGCAAGAGAUGGCGGAGCAACUGACGGCCAUCCGGAAGUCGAUCGAAGCGAUUGGUGACGGUCGAUAUCGAGAAGAGGAUCGACGUCGUUCGCGCCCUCGUUCGCGUUCGCGUUCGCGCCCGCGAGCGCGAUCCAGCAGCCGUGGUCCGCCGGCCAGCGGAGUGUGCUGGUACCACUGGCAAUUCGGAGCGGAAGCACGACAGUGCAGAGCACCCUGCUCUAUGCAACAGUAG